AUGGAUCACAGGAUCACAUUCAUUCUUGACAACAAGACAGAUGCCAGCGAGGUCUUUUCCAAGGUUAAACUGACUGCAAAAAGUCUGGAGAUCCCAGCAGUUACUGGUUCGCGGCAAAACGUGUUGAGAGUGCCGUAUGAGGCCAGUCUGUUUGGCGACUGGGCAGCAGUGUUCCAGGGUUUUGAGAUCACUUACCGAUAUCCAGAAGCGGUAGGAAACGAGAUACUAGAUUCUUACAAUUCCGCGGGACUAUUUCUUUAUCUCAGGCCUCGGCUUCAGCUAUUAGAUGAGGAAAUCCGGACCAUUGGCUCAAUGCUCUUGCAGGACCUGGGGCUUGAGACCGAGACUAAGUUCAUAGCUACUCCCAGUGGAUUCAGCUCCAAAAUAAAUGUCGGAGAUGUUCAUGUACAGCAAUGGUUAUCAUCUGUGUUCUCUAGAUUUGCAGGUGAGGGCGAAUUAGGUCAUGUGGAUGAAUUUUCUGCAGCGUUUGGUUCUACUGGACUGAACAUAUCGUUCACAUCUUUCGACCAUGCGCAGCCAGAUACGGUAUACACCAAGAGCGGAGUCAAGACUGAAGUUGGUGUGUUUGAGAGAGAGCCGAGGCUAAGCUCGGUGGAUUCAAUUGCGAUCAAUGGGUUUCGGUAUGCACUUGGUGAUGCUCAGGAGAAGCGCACAAUGCUUCAAUUUCAGCGGCCACACCGUCUAGUUCCCGUAUCCGAAGUACACACUUCCCUUGUUAAUGUUCCGGGACUCCACCCAAAAUUACGGCUUCAGUUUGAGGGAGAUCUGCGGGAACCCAUGAAAUUGGCUGGUUCCUUCGAGACAAAUAGCACUAAAGAGCCCAUGUGCGAGCUAUUCUACCACGUGAACUAUCCCAACGAUGUUUAUUGGGAUAGAUAUGAGCUUAAGUGGCUGCAAGCAGUAGAUCUGAUUGGACUCUGGGGUAGUGACAAUUUGGAGCAGCCUCAGUAUGCCAAUACCCUCGAAUGGGGCUCUGAAAUACUUCUAAGAGUUGACCCUGGACGUUUGGUCGAAACCCAAUCUUUGGAGGUUCCUUUCCACUCCAGAUAUGCUUUGCCUGGGAAUAGCAGUGAUAUUGUUGAACUCCUCCUAGGAGAGCUUUUCUGGGGUUGUGAUCUCAAAAAACCAGUUCAGGCAGCAGAGUCUCUUGCAGGAACCACUCCGAUUGAGCGCGAAGCUCGUCAAGCAAAAAUUGAUCAGUUUCAGGUAGAAGUGGAUGCAUUGUCACAUUCUCCGUUUGAUUAUACUGCCCUUGGAGGCUACAAAUCGUACUUCGAGCCCGAGACAGUGUUCUAUCACGUGGCCAACGCUGCAAGUCAACAAACUAUGCAGCUCGAAGUACCUGCUGCGAUCCGGACAGACUUCAAUGCGAUAAGGUAUGCGACGCUGGCGUCUGUUCUUCUCGGAACGGCAUAUGUGGUGAAAUGCGUUUUGGGGCGGUCACAGAGCCGCAACCCGGAUCGGAAGAAUCGGAAAAAAACGGCGGAAACGAGAGGACGGGAAACGACCAAAAAUUAG